AUCCAUAUCUUGGGGAAUUCUUGUGCCUAGCCUGAUUGGCCUAGCUGCCUCCAGCAGGCACGCGCCCCCCCUCACCCAGUCCCACUUCGAGCAGCGAGGCGCAAUAGUUUCCCACGUGCAUGCACGAAGCUGACCGAGAAACGUAACCUCGCGAUUGCCUGUAAAGUAGGGCUCCUUGAAGUUCCUGUUGUAUGCUGCGCUAGCAGAAAGCGGCCUAUGCGUGAUGCCCCGUUCUCUAAACCCUUCAGGGCAGUUGCCCCGAGCGGUUGAGCCCGGGUCAGCACAUUUCAUGGAAGCGGCCCACUCCGUCCUUCCCUCUGUGCAUCCUGUUUAGUGCUGAAGAGUGUUGGCUGAUGCGGUCUGGUUUUUUCUCGCGAAAUUCAACAAAAUGGCAGCUAGCAUGGCCGCUACUCAGCAGCGCCUGGCGCUUGGCGCCAAGCAGGCGACCUUCGGCCCUGCCGUGGCGCCCCGCUCGGCCAAGGCUAACGCCAGCGCCAAGCGCUUCAACGGCCUGGUUGCUGAGGCCAUGUCGAGCUGCAUCCCGGUGGUCUCCAGCUCGCGCCGGACUGCUGCGGCUCGCGCGCCGCUGCCUGCUCGCUCGUCGGUCGUGGCCCAGGCCACCGCGGACGGCAAGUUCGACUAUGAUCUUGUUAUCAUCGGCUGCGGCGUCGGUGGCCACGGUGCCGCUCUGCACGCUGUGGAGUGCGGCCUGAAGGUGGCUGUGAUUGAGGGCCACGACAUCGGCGGCACCUGCGUCAACCGCGGCUGCGUGCCCAGCAAGGCGCUGCUGGCGGCCUCGGGCCGGGUGCGCGAGAUGCGCGACAAGGCGCACCUCAGCGCCAUGGGCGUGCAGGUGGGCGCCGUGUCGUUCGACCGCGCCGGUGUGGCGGCGCACGCCAAGGACCUGGCCAGCAACAUCCAGGGCAACCUGAAGCGCUCGCUGGAGAGCAUCGGCGUGGACAUCCUGACCGGCCAGGCCAAGUUCGUGGGCCCCCAGAAGGUGCGCUACGGCCUGCCCGGCCGCGUGGACAUUGGCGGCGAGGUGACCGCCCGCGACAUCAUCAUCGCCACCGGCUCCGUGCCCUUCGUGCCGCCGGGCAUCCCCAUUGACGGCAAGACCGUGUUCACCUCUGACCACGCGCUCAAGCUGGAGUGGCUGCCCAACUGGAUCGCCAUCAUCGGCUCGGGCUACAUCGGACUGGAGUUCAGCGACGUGUACACGGCCCUGGGCACAGAGGUCACCUUCAUCGAGGCCGUGGACAACCUGAUGCCGGGCUUUGACCGCGAGAUCGCCCGCCUGGCGCAGCGCCUGCUCAUCAACGGCCGCCCCAUUGACUACCACACCGGGGUCAUCGCCUCCAAGGUCACCCCCGGCGUGCCGGGAGUGAAGCCGGUUGUGAUUGAGCUGACCGACUUCAAGACCAAGGAGAAGGUGGACGAGAUCGAGGUUGACGCCGUGCUGGUCGCCACCGGCCGCGCCCCCUACACCAACGGCCUCAACCUGCCCGCCAUCGGCUCCGCCACCGACCGCCGCGGCUUCGUGCCCGUCAACGAGAAGAUGCAGGUCCUGGACACCGCCGGCAAGGUGGUGCCGCACGUGUACUGCAUCGGCGACGCCAACGGCAAGUACAUGCUGGCGCACGCCGCCUCGGCGCAGGGCAUCUCCGCCGUGGAGAACAUCUGCGGCCGCCCGCACGUGGUGAACCACCUGUCGGUGCCCGCCGCCUGCUUCACGCACCCCGAGGUGUCGUUUGUGGGCGUGACGCAGGAGCGCGCCGAGGAGCUGGCCAAGGAGCAGGGCUUCAAGCUGGGCGUGAGCAAGACCAGCUUCAAGGGCAACUCCAAGGCUCUGGCUGAGAAGGAGGGCGACGGCAUGGCCAAGAUGCUGUACCGCAAGGACACGGGCGAGAUCCUGGGCGUGCACAUCAUCGGCCUGCACGCCGCGGACCUCAUCCACGAGGCCUCCAACGCCAUCGCCACCGGGCAGCGCGUGCAGGACAUCAAGUUCUGCGUGCACGCGCACCCCACCCUGUCCGAGGUGCUGGACGAGCUGUUCAAGGGCGCGCACGUGGAGGGACCCGCCGCCGCCGGCAACGGCGCCGCCAAGGCCGCCGCCGCGCCCAAGGCCGCCGUGGCCGCGGCCUGAAGGCCCGAGCCUCCGGCGGUGGCCGCCGCCGCUGAUGCCGUCGUCGCCGACACCAACACCGAGACCGAAACCUCUAGCGUUGUGGAUGCGGAGGAGGGGCAGCGGGAGCAGGGAGAGGCGCCGGCGGCGGCGGUGGUGUGGGCGGCGGCGGCUCUUGCGGGGUCGGAGACGGAGGGUGUGGCAGCAGAGGCUACGCACCGCCGGGAGGGCCUUGAGGACGCAGAUGCAGAUUGUGUGGGGGACGUCAGCGGCAGCAACAGCAGCGGCAGCAGGGGUGCUGGGGAGCAGGGGGACGCAGUUGGUGUUGAAAACGUGAUCGCGGGGGGUGUUGGGGAAGAAGUUGAGGAGGGCGCCGGCGAGGUGCGGACGGCGCCGCCCGGCAGCAGCACGGUGCCGGAGCGCGCCGGCGCUGAGGCCGCCGCUGAGGAGGAGGAGCAGGGCAGCAGCGGCGGCGGCGGCGGCGACAAUGUUGCGGCAGCAGCGGCGGCAGCAGCGGGCGCCGCGGCGCCGUCAGCGGGCGGCGGCGACGCCGAUCUGUCGGUGCGCCUGGAGGUCAGCUUUGACCCGGUGCCGCCGGGCGCCGCGGCGGCGGCAGCUGAGGUCGUGGCUGCCGCGGCGGAGGCCAUCGUGGAGGCAGAGGCGCCCAAGGUGGUGGCGCUGGCGCCGCCGGCGCCGCCGCCUCUUGCGCCGCCAGUUCCGGCAGUUGAGAAGGACCUGCCCGUGGAGCU